AUGGCCAAAGACGUCUUCUCAGUCCCCGUCUUCCUCGUCGUCUUCCGCGAGACGCUGGAGACGGUCAUCAUCGUUUCCGUCCUGCUCGCCUUUUUGAAGCAGACGCUCGAUGGUCCAAAUGCCGACCGCGCAACCUACAAAAAACUGCGGAGACAGAUUUGGAUUGGCAUUGCCUCGGGGUUUUUGCUGUGUAUGAUCAUCGCCGCCGCUCUCAUCGGCGUCUUCUACACCGUUGGCUCCAACACCUGGGACAAGAGCGAGCAGUACUACGAGGGCGCCUUUUCGCUGGUUGCCUCCAUCAUCAUUACCAUCAUGGGCGCUGCGCUGCUCCGCAUUGGUAAAAUGCAGGAGAAGUGGCGCGUCAAGCUCGCCAAGGCCAUUGAGUCACCCAUCAAGGUUGGAUCGAGCCGAAACUGGCUCUCCCAGGUCUUGGAGAAGUACGCCAUGUUCUUCCUGCCCUUCAUCACCGUCUUGCGAGAAGGCAUUGAGGCUGUCGUGUUUGUAGCCGGUGUGACAUUCUCGGCUCCGGCGUAUGCUGUACCUCUUCCUGUUGUCGUCGGCUUGCUGGUUGGUUUUGUUGUCGGAUACAUCUUGUACAAGGGAGGAUCAUCAACGAGACUGCAAUACUUCCUUGUCGCAUCUACUUGUUUGCUGUAUCUCGUCGGCGCCGGCUUGUUCUCACGCGCUGUUUGGUCGCUUGAACAAGGGAAAUGGAACAACAUUGUCGGCAGUGACGCCUCCGAGGUUGGCUCUGGUCCCGGGUCAUAUGAUAUUGAUAAGGUUGUGUGGCACGUCAACUGCUGCAACCCUAAUGUCCCGAACAAUGGAGGCUGGGGCAUCUUCAACGCUAUCCUCGGCUGGAACAAUACUGGUACUUACGGUUCCGUCAUCUCGUACAAUCUCUACUGGGUAUUUGUCAUGUCUUCCUUCAUUCUCCUCAGAUUUCGCGAGACCAAGGGGCGGUGGCCGUUCCAGAAGGCGAAGUCCGCUGUUCCUGUUGACACAGAGGCCCGUAGCGGAAGUGAGAGCAACGACGGAGUUACCGAGUCUAAAAAUGUGAGAGAAACAACCACGACUCUGCACUAG